AAGCAUUAAUUGUAUUUUGGCGCGCAUCAUCCAUGCUAUCGAGAAGCAUUCUUUGGCUGGUUCGAGUGUAUUUUUUCUGGCAUUCCUGAUUCCUGGUUUAGUUAUUAAGGAUAAGUAGAGUGUUUCUGAGCAAGGGUUGAGUUUUUUCAUGCUGAUUGCUUACUGAACAAUUGUGCUAUUGUACUGUGAAAAAUGCCGGUUUCGGUUGUGGACGCCAGUUGUCAAGUUGAGAGGUUACGUGAAGUCGUAGGCUCUGACAACGACAAUUAUGCCGUUCAGAUUAUGCAUCCUCCUUCAUAUCUUCGAGCACUCCUUUAUGAAGGAAAUUCUGAAACUGAUUCUUGUCUCACACCAGAUGUCGUGCUUGUCUACAAAGCGAAUAUUAAGACUAGUACCUCAUCAUUGCCUUUAGAUGUACGGGAUGAAAUUAAUGAAUCGGUCGAAUCAGACGUUGAUUUAGGUGGGGAUCCCUUGCCUGCCCCAUUUGACGAAAAUGAUGAUAUUGAUGUGUCUGUGUCAGAACGGAAGCAAUAUCAGUGGCCAAAAGGAGAACUAAAUCAUCUACCUAUAAAGAUGAGUGAUGCUGCAAAUAUCUUGAACACGAGCAGUGAUGCCAUCAAUGAUUGUUCAGAAGCCCUUGAUGUGUGGUGCCUGCUUGAUAGUGGAAUCAAUAAAGAAUCUCUAGGGGCACAUUCUACAUCCCAGAACAGGUCGAUGAAUGGGAACAGUACUUUGAAUGACCUUACAGUACUGGAUGCCGAUAUUUCAAGCUCAUCUCUUCAUAUGAAAGUCAAUAAGAAAGUUAAGGUAAUGCUGUGUCAACAUGCCUCAGAGGAAUGGUGGUCAAGAAGCUAUGUUGAAUCCCAGGGCAUGUGUUCAAUAGCAUCUCCUGAAAUGGACCCUCAAAUUAUGAAGAAAAGUCACUUGAAUAUUUCUCAAAUGCCUGAGAGUAUGAUGAAUGCUGUAGUACUGUGUCGGUACAACAUUGAUGGUCAUCGAGUUACCUCGGAUGCAUCCAACAGUUCUGCUUUUUCUGUGAAUUUGGAGCUGAAAUGGAGGCAGCUCAGUGUGACUGUACCCCUUCAGGAGGCUUCUGCCAAAGUGAUCAUUCGAACAGCUGUGGGACGGAAAGGAAGUGUAGCUCAUGACUUGUUCAGACAGCUGUGUGUCUUGCACCAACUUUUUGAACUGCACUUUACCUGUUGGAGAGAGAAGGUUACACCUGAAGCUCUGCCAAAUUUGGAUUCUUCUGAAGAUCUUUUAAAUAAUGCAGUUCCCCAGGAUUCACUUCAAUCUCGGAUUCAGACAUUAAUCUUAGGAGGCAAACAGGCUCUCCAAGCCCAAAAUGCCAACAGAAGAAUGUCAGUGGCUCCAGCUCUUUUAGGAAGGCAAUCAAUGGCCCCUGGUGGAUUAUUGGGCAGACAGUCCAUGGCACCUGCGAGCUUGGGCAGACAGUCAAUCGCUCCAGGAUUUUUAGGUCGUAUGUCUAUUGCUCCCCAUGCCAUGAAAGAGUCCAGUGGAGAGGAGAGUAAACAUGUUUCUUUGAAUGAGGCCAUAGAGAUUGCUACUGCUGGAACACGGGAAAAUUCAGAUGUCACUGAUGGGCUUUUCAGUCUGCUUCUUGAGUGCAAAACUUUCCGUGAGCUUACUGCAGCUUGGGAUCUUACUUUCAUGGACCUUAACGACGCAAAUAGACCUUUUAUUCGCCCUAAAAACACCACAAGAGCAGCAAAACUGAUAAAAAGUUUUGUGUCUGGUCAAGCUGACAGUGCUCCUAAUUUCUUGGAUAUUGAGGGAAGUUUGUUCCCGCUUGAACUUGUAAUUGAAAUGGGCCUUGAAAAGCUUACUACUGAUUAUUAUUACAUAUUUUGUGAAUCACGUCUUGUAGGCCGUGAUGAGUUGAAGGCACCAACUUUGCUUCAGGCAGGCUUAGGUGUACCCCGCGAAAAGUGGCUUGCAAGUUGUGGUCAGUUACUGAGCUGGUUGGCUCAGGUCCAUUGUGCGUUAGAGAUUGUAUUGCCCUUGCCAAAUUCAUUGUCUGGAAACAGUGUGCCUUACAUUGCAUCGAGUGCCUUGAAAUAUUUUCAAAGUGAAACAUCACCAGUUCGAGAUGUAGCUGGGUUGUUGACUCCUGGAGGAUCUCUUCAAGAGUUUAGCAUUAAUGUGACAACAGAUGCUGUUCGUGAACACACAAACAAAAAAUUUGAUUGGUGGAGAAUGACACUAACAUCUGAGUGCCCUAUGAAAAAAGUUAGGAGUGUCUUCCUUCGAAGUCAUUUGCAACCCAUCUUUCCUCCACAAUUAUGUGAAGAUUAUGAAACACUGGUGCCAGCAGAGGAUAAAGAUAAUGCACAGUACUAUUGUGCGGAAGCAGUAACAAUAAGUGAUAAAUGCUAGGUGUUUUAAACAAAUGAUAAGUAUUUCUUAAAAUGUUGAAUGAACUGUUAAUAGUAUUUCUGAUCUUAAGGGUAUUGAGUACCAUGUUGUUAAAUAUAAUAAACAUAUAUAUUUUUAUGAACCUA